AGGAUAUUGCUCCAAAAUUGGGCAUUGAAAAACAUAUUGCACCGCAAGAAAAUCCAAAGGAGAGUUCAUCUUGCUCGUCUUCUGUAGAUUUAUCUUCUGAUUCUGGGAGCCCAGUAAAUGCUCAUGCUUCUUUGUUGAGCUCUCCUGACUAUAGUUUACAGUCAAUGCCAGAAACUGAAGUUGUCCAUAGUGUUCAUUCUUCUUCUUCUUCUUCUUCUUCAGCCUUCAAUUAUGCAAGUAAAGAGGAAGAGGCCAACAUCAACAUGACAAGCAAUGGCCAGUAUGAUUUUGUUCAGGAGGUUGAUGAAAAGGACCCCAACAGCUCAAUAGAAACUAGAGGUGAUGCUCACCAGAUGAGAAUUGGAAAAAAUACCCUGGAAAGGACUGUAACCAAUGAUGAGGUUUAUAGUUCUAUGGAGGACAUGAAUGGUCAAGAUCUAGAAGAAAAGGGUCAUUUCUCAGAAGAUGAACUGAUUGAUACAUUUUCACAAAAUGGUACUAGAAAUGAAGGCUCACUUGGGACUGAUACUCUUUCUUCAAGUGGAGAUAUUGAAAUGAAAGGAAAUAUCCUCAAAAUUGAAAGAUUAAAGCAUGUGAAAUCUGUUCGAUCAUCAUCAGACUCAUCUAGGAGUAAUGGAUUAAUUAGCAGAAACCAAGACAGUGAAGUGAAGGAAGUCGGUGCCUCAGGAGAUCUGCAGAACACUGCAGGAUGCUUCAAAGUCGAUGAAAGAAAAAAUGCUAAGGUUUACCAACAAGAUACAAGAACAACCAUUUUAAAUGCCAAAAUCCAGCAAUUGGAACAAAAAAUGAAAAUGCUCGAGGGAGAGCUGAGAGAAGCUGCUGGAAUUGAGGCUGCUCUUUAUUCAGUUGUUGCUGAGCAUGGAAGUUCCAUGAGUAAGGUACAUGCUCCAGCACGGCGCCUUUCUAGGCUAUAUCUUCAUGCUUGUAAGGAAAGUUUUCAACAAAGGAGAGCCAGUGCAGCUAGAAGUGCUGUUUCAGGACUAGUUCUGGUUGCAAAGGCAUGUGGGAAUGAUGUCCCUAGGUUGACAUUUUGGCUAUCAAACUCUGUUGUGUUGAGAGCAAUUAUAAGCCAGGUAAUAGGUGACAGAGAGCUAUCACUUUCUGGUAAAAGGAAUAUAGAGAUGAAUGACGGUGGAAAGGGGAACAAGAUGAUGCCAUCUUCGCUAGAAUGGAUGCAGUCAUCUUCUGGCAGAAAGGAAAAUAAGAGUGUUAUUUGUGGAGAUUUAGGUGACUGGGAGGAUCCACAUGAAUUUGUAUCUGCGCUGGAAAAAGUUGAAGCUUGGAUCUUUUCCCGAAUUGUUGAGUCUAUAUGGUGGCAGAGUCUUACCCCACACAUGCAAUCUGCUGCUACAAAAGCAAUUGAUAGAUACAUUUGUUAUGGCUCAAAGAAAAACCUUGGAAGAACAUCAAGUUCAGGUGAUCAAGAUCAAGAAAACCUUUCAUUAGAACUUUGGAAGAAGGUGUUCAACGAUGCCUGUGAGAGACUUUGUCCUCUUAGAGGUGGUGGGCAUGAGUGUGGCUGUUUGCCUGGGUUGGCCAGACUGAUAAUGGAGCAAUGCGUGGCUAGAUUAGAUGUGGCAAUGUUUAAUGCCAUUCUUCGUGAAUCUGCUGAUGACAUCCCAACUGAUCCAUUGUCUGACCCUAUCAAUGAUUCAAAGGUUCUUCCUAUUCCAGCUGGCAAAUCAAGCUUUGGGGCUGGAGCACAAUUGAAAAAUGCGAUUGGCAACUGGUCUAGAUGGCUGACUGACUUAUUUGGCAUGGAUGAUGACUCACUUGAAGAGGACAAUGACAGGGAUGAGAAUGAUGAGAGACAGGACAUAUCCUUCAAAUCUUUCCAUCUCCUUAAUGCCUUGAGCGAUCUCAUGAUGCUUCCCAAGGACAUGCUCUUGAGCAGGUCCAUAAGAAAAGAGGUAUGCCCUACAUUUGGAGCUCCAUUAAUCAAGAGGGUUCUUGACAAUUUUGUCACAGAUGAGUUUUGCCCCGAACCUAUUCCUGACAUUGUGCUUGAAGCCCUAGAGUCUGAGGUUCCUUACGAGGCUGGGGAGGAGUCUGUCACAACCAUACCAUAUAUUGCAGCUCCACCAUUUUAUUUACCACCUUCAGCAGCAUCAGUUGCUGACAUUAUUGGAGAGUCUGGAAGUCGAUUGCAGCUGAGACGAAGUGGCUCAUUGCUCAGAAAGUCACACACCAGCGAUGAUGAGCUUGAUGAAUUGAAUUCACCUAUGGCUUCAAUUUUUCUUGUCGGCUCUCAAACUUCACCUGCUCCAACAAAGCUUGGCUGGAAAUCAAAGGAAAUGGGAAAUCAAAAUUCCAUUAGAUAUGAACUUCUUAGGGAAGUAUGGAUCAACAGUGAACAUGUAAAUUCCCAAGUACAUUACAUGUAGAUGAUGCUUCACCUUGAUUUAUCAUGUGUUGCACAUCUACAGUCAAGCUUUGGGAUUGUCUUGUUGAUGUACAAAAGAUAUCAUUUUCUAGUAGCAUAAAUGCAUAAUAUAUUAUUAA